ACUAGAUGGCAGUGUGGUUCCUCUUCGGCCGUCAUUGCAACAAUUUUGUCAGCGAGUAAUAGCGAAGUACAACGAAACAUGGCCGACUCACAGGGGAAAGAUAGCAUCAACCAUGCUACAGGUGGAGCAAAUGUCAAGGUGCAUGAAAUUGCACGAGCUAAGACUGAAGGCAAGGAGCUAACCAAAGAAGAGAAGCAGCGUCUUAGGAAAGAAAAGAAGCAACAUAAAAAGGGCAAGAAAGAUGACAAGGGUCCUUCGGAAAAGGUCAAGGAGAACCCAUCAGUUCCACCCCCAUCUAAACCUGCCACACAGAGCCCAGUACAUAAAGCGGCCCCUGCACCCAUAAAUCCUUCGGUGGCUGAACCUCCUGCAGCUACAGAGAAGCCCGCAAAGAACAAAGCGGAGUUGCGAGCGGAGCGACGGGCACGGCAGGAGACGGACCGAGCAUCGAAACAGGGCAAGAAAGAAGGUGGCCAGCAGUCGUCCAGCAAACUUAAAGUCACCCCCAGCGAGCUUCAACCAGUGGUGAAAAGGUUACCGGAGCAUGUUCAAGUAGACGACCCUGCUGCAUUAAAAAAGUUGGCUAAAAAGCUAGAGAGACAGCAGAGGUCAGGGCAUGGACGCUGUUUUAAUGUAACUGGAGUCAAGGUUCCUUUGAGGUUAGAUUAUGGCUACAAGGUCAGCCUGUUUUCUCAUCUGCACCAAUAUAGCCGAAAAGCCCCUCCUACCCAACAAAUCAGCAUCCCUGCCACAGUUAUUCACCCAUCCAUUGUAAGGUUGGGCCUGCAGUACUCUCAGGGCAUAAUAGCAGGAUCCAAUGCUCGAUCUGUGGCCCUACUACAUGCUUUCAAACAGGUUAUCCAGGACUAUAGCACACCUCCGAAUGAGGAGUUGUCAAGGGACCUUGUAAAUAAGUUGUCGCCCUAUAUCAGUUUUCUCAGCCAGUGUCGCCCCCUUUCAGCAAGCAUGGGAAAUGCAAUCAAGUACAUCAAGAAGGAAAUUUCUAAUAUCCCAAAUCAUUGCAAAGAAGAAGAGGCGAAAAAGAAACUGCAGCUAUGUAUUGACAAUUACAUAAAUGAGAAAAUCACAUUGGCUUCCCAAGCCAUUUCUAAGUGUGCUAUUGAGAAGAUAAGCAAUGGAGAUGUUAUUCUGGUUUAUGGAUGCUCUUCACUUGUCAAUCACAUUUUGUGUGAAGCUUUUGAUAAACAGAGGAAGUUCAGAGUCAUAGUUGUGGACAGUCGGCCCAGACUGGAGGGCAGGGAGGCACUGAGACGUCUGGUGAAGAAAGGCAUCCAGUGUACCUAUGUGCUUAUAUCUGCCUUGUCCUACAUUCUGCCUGAAGUAUCCAAGGUAUUCCUUGGUGCCCACGCACUCCUUGCCAAUGGAUACGUGAUGUCACGUGUUGGAACUUCCCAAAUCGCCCUGGUAGCGAAGGCUUACAAUGUACCAGUGCUGGUCUGCUGUGAGACCUACAAGUUCUGUGAACGAGUGCAGACGGAUUCUUUUGUAUCCAAUGAAUUAGAUGACCCAGAUGACCUGAUUGUGACACGAAAUGGGAAGACCCACCUAAAGGACUGGCAGACUGUUAAAUCACUGGGGCUUCUGAACUUGGUGUAUGACGUGACACCACCAGACUUUGUGGACCUUGUGAUCACUGACCUGGGCAUGAUCCCCUGUACCUCCGUGCCUGUGGUACUGCGAGUCAAGAACAUAGAUCUGUAAAGAUCACAUAAUGGGGUUCUGUUUACCUCUUGCAUCUGCACACAGGGCUUUUGGUAUGAAAUAAACACAUCUAUUAAAUGGAACAAGUUUAUGUGCUCACUGGCAGGAUCCAAACACUUACCACAUUUAAAAUGUAUCCGUAAUAGCUCCACUAUACAAAAAAUGUCUUUUCGAUCCAUCUAAAAUACUAAUUUAAAAACUUGUAAAUGGGAUCAAGAAUAUCACAAUAGCUUCUGUUUCUUGUGAUAAGUCCGUUAAACUAUUUAAAGAAAACCUCUAUGUAGAAAAUACAUCAAAUUUAAGUUUGGUCCAUCAGGAGACAUUAACACUGUUGGAGAUAUUUGGUCUGUUACGGCUGCUGAAAUCCAUUCAUAGGUGUGAGAAGGAUUUUAACCGUGUUAAAGUUCAGGUGCAAAUGUGGCCAGUUGAGAGGCUGAAUAUGUUGCAUAAGGGGUUUGCUUAUAUUUCCAAAACUCCAGAAAAAUAAAUGCUUUGGAUAAAACUG